AUGACAAAGAAGGCAAAAGCACAGGAUUUCGUUCUUAAGACUCCGAAAGGUACCAAGGAUUGGGCCGACAAGGAUAUGAUCAUCAGAGAGGCAAUUUUCAACAAAUUGUCGACGAUGUUCAAGAAGCACGGUGGUGUAACCAUUGAUACUCCGGUAUUUGAGCUUCGUGAAAUCCUUACAGGUAAAUAUGGUGAAGAUUCAAAGUUAAUUUACAAUUUGGAGGAUCAGGGAGGUGAAUUGACCUCGUUGCGAUACGAUUUGACUGUGCCAUUUGCCAGAUUUGUCGCAUGUAACAGCGUUAGUUCUAUCAAGAGAUACCACAUUGCCAAGGUCUACAGGAGAGACCAACCAGCAAUGACUAAAGGUAGAAUGAGGGAGUUUUACCAAUGUGAUUUCGAUAUUGCUGGUAAUUACGAUUUGAUGGUCCCAGACUCGGAAAUUUUGAAUAUCUUAUGUGAAGGUCUUGUAGGAUUGAACAUUACUGACUUUAAGGUUAAAUUGAAUCACAGAAAAAUCCUUGAUGGUAUCUUUGAAGCUUGUGGUGUUCCCGAAGCUGACAUCAGAAAAGUUUCAUCAGCAAUCGACAAGUUGGACAAGUCGCCAUGGGAUGCAGUGAAGAAGGAGAUCUUGGAGAAAGGUCAAAGCGAGGAAACUGCUGACAAGAUCUGGACCUUUGUUCAACAUAGUGGAAGUAUUAGAGAGGUGAUUGAUAUUUUGAAAAAGAGUGAAGGUUUGGAAAAUGAGUCUGCACAACAGGGUAUUAAGGAGAUGGAAGUGCUAGCAGAUUAUGUUGAAGCAUUUGACAUUCUGAAACACUUGAGUUUUGACUUGAGUCUAGCAAGAGGAUUGGACUAUUACACAGGUUUGAUCUAUGAGGCUGUCACUUCUGCUUCUGCUCCACCUGAAAACGCAAAGGAGUUGAAAGAGAAAGCAUCGGAAGAAAAAAAGAAAUUAAAGGAAAAGAAAGAAAAGAAGGACAAAAAAUCAAAGGAUGCUAAGGAAGGAUCUACUGAAGUGGCAGCAGCAGUCGAGGAAGAAGAAGAUGCAUCUGCUUAUGUUGGUGUUGGUUCUAUUGCAGCAGGUGGUCGUUAUGAUAACUUGGUUGGUAUGUUUUCCAACAACAAAUCUAUUCCUUGUGUAGGUAUCUCAUUUGGUGUUGAAAGACUUUUUUCCAUUAUCAAGCAAAGAGUUGAUUUGAGCAAGAUGAACUCGCAACACACAGAUGUUUAUGUUAUGGCAUUUGGUGGUGGUGAGGGAUGGAAUGGAUUUUUGAAAGAGAGAAUGCAAAUCACUAAUCAGUUAUGGAAGGCAGGUAUUCAUGCCGAGUUCUUGUACAAGGGUAAAGCCAACAUUAGAAAGCAAUUCGACGGUGCUGAGAAAUCAGGUGCAAAAAUCGCGGUGAUUUUGGGUAAAGAAGAGUACCCUGAAGGCAAAUUAAGAAUCAAAUUAUUGGGACAAGGUGAGGAAAAUGAGGGUGAAUUGAUCUCUAUUGAAGAUUUGAUUCCAACUGUUAAGAAAGAAUUGGGUAGCAUUGAAGUAGAAGAUAUCACUGCUUCAUUGAACAACUUAUAG